AUGGCUCCGCGCCUGUUUUCUCGCGACUCGAGCUCCCUCGAGCACCAGCUGCCCUUCACAGGCGACGCCGUCCACGACGCCGACUUCGCACACGAUCAAUCGCAGGCAGAGCAGGGAGCCCAAACCCUCCCGCGCCGGAUAAGAGCCCAGUCUCUCGCCUCUGGCACGCUCCCUGGAUCGUAUACGCGCAAUCCCGUCCGGUCUUUCGCACACCAGACGUCCCAUGGCUUUGCAGAAACCCCCCAGUACGCAUCGCAAGGCGUCCGCGAGAGGAGCUCCCAAUUGGCCUCGUACGCACUCGAUUCCGAAGAAUACCAAGACCGCCCGCAACGACACAGCUUUGCAGAGGCGGAUACCGUGUCAGGCAGACAUGCUGGUCUACUAUCCGAAUACCACGGAGGACGAGCAUCGCCAGACUCGGCCCUCUGGACGGAUACAAUAGAAGAAGACAGCGAAGCAGAAACACCUGAGACGACUAUCGGACCUCAGCACGCAGAUAGGAGCUUCUUCAGCCCAAAGCUGGGGGUAGACAAGGCGCAGCGUCGCGACUCACACGAGGGGUCACCAAGCUCAGAAGUACCAGAUGUAGUCGUUCAGGAUACAGAGCGGACGCCUCUGCUGCCUGCACCAAGACUGUCACGCUUAGACCCACAGUCUAAGCAGAAACCCAUGCUCAGCCAGUCGUCGCAUUCAUCGACUUCUUCAACCCUACCUCUUCGCAUAAAAGAGACCUUCACAUCCGGCCGAGAACAUGUGCUUGGCCUCGGUAGAUCCCUAGCAAAUCCAAAGAACUACUCCAAGGAUGCUCUCGUUUCCGGCGCCCUCGGAAGCGUUCAGAUCAUAUCUGCUGUGUUCCUAGGCUUACUUCUGAACUUGUUGGAUGCACUUUCGUAUGGUUACAUCCUCUUCCCUCUCGGAUCGCCAAUCUUUAGUCAGACGGGCCCGGAUGGCAUCUCCAUCUUUUUCGUGAGCUGCAUUGUUUCGCAGCUCUGCUAUUCCCUUGGGCUCUCAGUCUUCAAAGGCGGCGUUGGAUCUGAAAUGAUCGAAGUUGUACCCUUCUUCCACAAGAUGGCAUAUUCGAUCAUGGGCCAAAUGGAAGACAAGCCCCCAGAGGCCGUCAUCGCUACCACAAUCGUCGCGUAUUGUCUGAGCUCAAUUCUCACCGGCCUCAUCUUCUUAGCCCUCGGCGGCUUCAAACUUGGCAACCUGGUCAGUUUCUUUCCUAGACACAUUCUCAUUGGAUGCAUUGGUGGAGUAGGCUUCUUCCUUGUUGUCACUGGUAUCGAGGUAUCAGCGCGUAUCGAGGGUAACCUCAACUAUGAUCUCGCGACUCUGCACAAGCUCUUUUCUUCCGACACUUGGUAUCUAUGGAUCCUUCCGCUUAGUCUUGCUAUCAUCAUUAUGGUACUACAACGAUUGGUAAAGCACCCGUCAGUGAGCCCAUACCUGUUACCAGCUUUCUUCAUCACUGUUUUCGCUACCUUUUACCUUAUCGUGAAGGGUAUCUUGCACAAGGACUUGGAGCCUGUUCGCAACGCUGGAUGGAUUUUUGAGCAACCAGAGGCCGGCGUCAAGUUUUACCGGUUCUAUUCAUACUUCAAGUUUGGCAGCAUCGACGUAUCAGCUUUGGCUAGUACCAUACCGACCAUGUUUGCGCUAUCCUUCUUCGGCAUCAUCCAUGUGCCUAUCAAUGUUCCAGCCUUGGGUGCUGCGGUCAAAGAAGACAGCCUAGAUGUUAAUCGAGAGCUGAUAGCCCACGGCAUUUCGAAUACAUUGUCUGGCUUUUUCGGUAGUAUUCAGAACUACUUGGUCUAUGCGAACAGUGUAAUGUUCAUUGCCAAUGGCGGCAACAGUCGGGUCGCCGGCGUGUUGCUUGCAUUUGCAACGACUGCAGUGUGGAUAGCCGGUCCCGCUAUGAUAGGCUAUAUUCCAAUUUGUCUAGUCGGCGCUCUCAUCUUUCUCCUUGGUAUCGAUCUCAUGAAAGAGGCCCUAUGGGAUACAUGGGGCAAGUGCCACAAGCUUGAGUAUCUGACCAUUCUUGCCAUUGUCCUUAUCAUGGGCGUCCAUGACUUCGUUGUUGGUAUUUUCGUCGGUAUCGUCCUAGCCUGCGUCAGCUACGUGGUACAGAGCUCACGUCAUCCUGCCAUUCGGGCGUCCUACAGCGGCGUGGUCGCCGAGUCAACUGUUCGACGGCCGCCAGCCGAUACCCGCUACCUGAAUAAGGUACGAGGCCAAGUCCGCGUCAUCAAACUCGGUGGUUUCCUUUUCUUCGGAACGAUUGUAUCUGUCGAAGAGUACAUGCGGUCUUUGAUCGAGGACGACAACUAUGAGAAACAUCCCAUUGGCUUCAUCAUUGUCGAUUUUAUGCAUGUCAAUGCUGUGGACUUCUCCAGCUCGGAAGGUUUCCAGCGUAUCAACCGCAUCUUGAAUCGCAAAAAUGUCAAGAUGGUUCUCUCGGGUGUGUCAUUCGCAAACGAUGUCGGUCAAGCUCUUCAGAACGUCGGGUUACUGGAUGAAGAGGAGGGCGAUGAUGAUUGCCCGCCGCCACAGGUUUUCGAAGACCUGAAUACAGCGCUCGAGUCUUGCGAAAAUGAGCUCUUGGAAGUGUUCCACAGGCACUGCAAUAUGCAGACAUCGAGGAGUCAACACAACACACCACCGAUGACUAUUUCCAAAGGUCUAUCUGUGAACGGCCAAACAGCUACAGGCGGCUCGCCUACCUCAUCCUUCGGCGCCAGCUCGCUGAAUCCCGUUUUCGCGUCGCCCCGUCGUGGUGCCCGCCUCGUUGCCGCGCGCUCUACGAUGCGUGAGACGGGCGAUGACACUCUCUCAAUACCCGACAACUCGUCUCAGAGUCACACACCCUCAGUGCAAUCGACGCCAUCAAGAUGGAAGAACUUUGCCCAACCACUCAAAAUCAUCCUCCAAACCUUCGAAGACGUCUCCUCCAAAAACGAGGAUUUCUGGCACGUCCUCGCACCCUACUUUGAGCGCAAAGAAUACCCCGCUGGUGCACUUCUCUACUCGCGCGGCGACGACCCGGACGGCUUCUACAUCCUCGAAAAGGGUCGCUUUCGUACGGAAUACGAGCUCGACCAAGGCAGCUUCUUCGAAGUCAUCCUACCUGGCACAACGUGUGGCGAGCUGCCCUUCUUCAGCGAAACGGAUCGCACGGGCACGGUGGCAGUGGAAAACGAUAGUGUAGCAUGGUUGCUUACGAGGGAGAAGUUCAAUGAGCUUGAGAAGAAAGACCAGGAGGCUGCGAGAGAGUUAUUGAAGGUCGGGUUGAAGUUGACCAAGGAGAGGAUGGAUGCUAUUACGAGUUACGUGCUUGUAACUGCUUCAUAG